CGCACACAAUGCCUUGCGUAGGAGGAGUUUGACUCGCAGACCUCUCCCAGGCCGGAAAGCUGGGAGGACGUCGCAGAGGCCAAGAGUGAGCUACUGAAGGCAGAUCUGCGACACCACCUACAACCAGCAGCGCAUCUGCUCGCACACACCACUCCGAGAGGGGAUCAGCGGGCUGGAGGGCCAGGGUCCAGCGAUGAGUGCUGAGGAGGUCGCCGACAACCCUCCCGACGCCAACGGGAAGGAGGGGGAGAAGAGUGAGGAACCUGCCAGCGGUGAGCUGAGCUCAAUCCUCUCCCUCUUCUGCAUGUGUGGUGUGAGAUGCCUGUGCGCGUGUGUGUGUGCGUGCAGGCCCUUCUGUGGGUGAGGAGGUGCAGCCAUCUGCGACAGAGGAGAACAAGCCAGAAAAGGAGGAGGAAGCAGCAGCAGCAGCUGAGGCAGCACCUGACGCAGCGGAGACCAACACGGGCAAGGAGGACAAGGAGGAGAAGGAUAACAAGGAGGAGGGUGACACGCCGGCUGCAGACGCUCCGGGUGGUGUUGUUGAAGACAAGACGACAGAAGACGCUCCUGCCCCUGUUGAGGGCGAGAAGGCCGAGGGAGAGAAGGCAGAGGCAGAGGCAGAGGAUGCGCCAGUGGACAAGACGACGACAGAAGUAGAGGAGGCGCCCGCUGAGGUGAGAAGGCACCACCCAUACAUAUGUGGCACAUUAGUCACUCACUCACUCACGCCAUCGGCACGACUUACUUGUCUGUCUGCUCAGGGUGAGACGACAGCCGAUGCUGCCGCUCCUCAGCCGAGUGAGUCAUCCCCCGUCGUGGACAAGGAGGAGACCAGUGCCACCACCACCCCAUCAGCAGCAGCAUCGGCAUCAGCGUCCACCAGCCAGCCUCCCCCUCCCCCGCCCCCUCCUCCCCCGCCCCCACCCCCGCCGUCAGACGACGACAAGAGAGAGAAUGAGGACGACAGCAAGUCGCACGAGGAGGGCUCUUUCCGUGGCGGGAGAGGCCGUGGCGGAUACCGAGGCAGGGGCAGGGGCAGGGGACGGGGCGGAUUCUACAACAGAUACAGAGGUAGGUAGGUGACGUGAGCCACACAGGCAGCCAGCCAGCCAGCCAGCUGGAUGGAUGGAUGGAUGUUGGUACUGGUUUGGCCACAGAUGAUGCUUACAACGGAGGCGGUGAGAUGGGCGAGUCGGGCGGCCCUUUGCCGUACUACUUUGGUGCGGACGGGGCGCUUUACACGUACCCCCAGCACCCACAGGGCAUGGGCGGCGGCAUGGGGGUUGGCGGGAUGGGCGGCAUGGCCCCCAGCCCCUACUACAUGCAACAGCAGCAGCAGCCGGCGCCGCCGAUGCCCAACGGGGCGUUUCCAUUCUUCACGGGCGUCGACGGAGCUUACAGCGUACGACACACACACACACACGAAGACGGACACAGACACAGUCAGAUCUGGGCAGGGGGUCAUGUGCUUGGUUGUUUGUGUGUGUUGCCCUCGUCCUCAGGUUGCGUAUCCCUACUUCGAUCCGACUACAGGGAUGCCAAUCGCCAUCCUCGGUAGAACACACACUCACACCAAACCGGCACGUCUAGUCACCUCGCUCUCUGUGUGUAUAUGUCGAUUGGUCAGCCCCCCCUCACGGCCCGUCAC